CAUGAAGACGUGCGAAAUGCAAACAAUUACAAGUACCAGUUGGGUACCAUCCGUCCUUGGCUCCAAUCCACCCGCGCACGGGCCGCGACAGAGUUGAGCCUAGAACACCAAAGGAGUUAAGUGCACAACAUCACCUUGCUGCAACUCGUCGUAUCAUUUGCUUCCCCUCUUCACCCCACUUACUUAGCAUAGAAACAUCUCCGUCUCUAUCCUGCACGUCUUACUUUCCCAAACACCCUCAUUUCUGCCGAAAGCGUCGGGCGUCGGGAGCCGGGCGUCGGAAAGGGCAUUAUGCAUCGGUAUACUGCCCUUGAUUCGCCAUUGUUAAGGGUCUCUCGGCCAGUAGCCGCGUGCUCAAGAUGCCGUGCAGCAAAGAUCAAGUGUGACGGCAAGCUCCCCGCUUGCACGGCGUGUGAAAAGAGUGGUAGGGAGAAUGAAUGUUCGAGCUCUAAUGACCAAUUUGCAAAAGGAAAAGAAAGGAGCUAUGUUGCAUCUCUCGAAUCACGAGUGGAAAAGCUCGAGAAACGCAUAGCAUAUGCGAAGAUGAGAAAUGCAUCUGUCACUAUGCACGAAGGCGAUAGCCCGCCUAUGCCCCCCCCCGAUCGAAAAGACUCACUGGCUGCUAUUCGUGCGGCCAUCCAAGGAAAGGCUGCUCGACGGCGGGAGGCCACCGAUGUCAAUGAACUUGUGUCUGACUUUGGGUUUAUGACUGUCAAUGCCACCAUGCGAGACUUCGACACGAAAACUACAAGCUUAACCUUUGCUAGGCUUAUUUUGGCAGCGUCUCUCAAUGAGCCAUUGCCAAGGCUGAAGAAUCAACAAAUGCCCUCGAGGCAAACAGCUAUGGGGCUACUUCAGUAUUAUUUGGAAAACGUGUUGUCCCUGUUUCCAGCAUUUCCAGAGACUGCCCUCUUUAACGCAUUGGAUGCGGUCUAUCAAGAAAAUCCACAACAGCAUGUUGAGGACUUCGAUUAUUGGAUACUGUAUAUGGUUUUGGCGAUAGGCUCCAUGUGCCAGUCCCGCAGCAGCACAGAUACCUUCUAUAAGGAUGGCGUUGAUUUUGUUGUGCGAGCACUCAAAUUUGCCGACCGCGUCCUGAUGCCCGGCUACCCACAGCAGAUCCAAGCGUUGAUUCUGCUUGUGCAAUAUUCCACGUUGGACCCGGCACACUUUGACAGUUGGCAAUUGAUAGGAUUCACUUGCCGCGCUGCAGUCGACUUGGGUUAUCACCAGGAUCCACCAAAAGAGCAGGCGAUUGACAAGAAGGCUCUUCAACAACGGCGAAAGAUAUUCUACUCUGCAUAUGGACUUGACAGAUCUAUCAGCAUGGUACAUGCACGACCAUUCUCAUUUACGGACGACGCCAUCACCGUAGCAUUUCCAGCAGAUCUUUCUUCGACAGCUGACCCAGAAAGCCCAAUUUCGAAACUGCCAGCCCUCGAUGCAUCACUCCUCAUAUUCCAACUGCGGAAAGCUCAAUCCACUUGGUACCAAGAGCUUUUUCAGUCGAGCCGCGACCCUCUUCAUCACUCAUCUCAAUAUCUCUGGCAGAUGUGUUAUGAAAUGCGCACCUGGUCCGAAAAUCUACCAAAACAUCUCCCUCAGGCCACACGAGAACUUUUCGAUUUAGAGCUACUAUAUAGCUACGUCUAUUGCUUGGCGCCGUCAUGCCGAUUCCCGUUAGUGUCAGAAUUGGGCAAGACACUCAUAUUCGAAUAUUGCAUGUCUUAUAUUCAAAAACUAUUACCCAUCGCCAAGGACCCCAUCAAUACCGCAUUCUACACAUAUCAUGACGCCCUCAGGGUCUACUUUAUUGGAAGCCAGUUCAUCGCUGUACUUCCUGAUAACCUCAAUGCACUUCUGCAAGGAAUCAUUCCAUUCGUUAACACCAUUCCAGGCGGGCCACCUCCGCCCCCAAUCCCAAAUAUGGGGCGUACAGAUAACAUUAGCCGGAGCAUUAUCUGUAUCGAGCAGAUUAUUGAGGCACUGAAGACUUAUGGUGAGCGUUGGGAUGAUUCGAAAGCGCUCAAGUCUAGUUUCGAGGCACAAUCGACAGGUAUGCUGGGCGAGUUAUACAGGCGGCAAGAAGAGCAGCAACAGCAACAGCAGCAGCAAUAUCACCAGGAUAUUAGAAAUUCAAGCUCUCCCGGCACUACAGUCCCUGGAACUGAUUAUAAAAGUUCUCCUCCUUCCCAGUCACAGUCACAGCUGGGAGAUGGAUGGAGUAUAGAUCGAUUCACCGAGGACAUAUAUAAGGGAUGAACGAGAGGUUGUCGAUUGGCUCGUCAGAGUGCUGGAGACAUGGCUCCUGGAGAUCCUUAACUUAUCCAUGUUUGAUUUUAUUUAAUAGCCUAUCAUUUUAAGAUGUCCUGAGAAUAGAAAUAAAAUGUUCAGACAAUCUAAACCUUAA